GAGAACAUGACCAAAUUAUUUUCUCAGUCCGUUUUAAAGUUGGUUUUUUCUGGUCUAAUUUCAAAACAUAGGUAAUUACAGGCUGUUAGAACUUUCAAAAGACGUUCCACCGGAUAGUGUUGACCCCAACACCUUGUGGGUUCCAGAUGAAGCGGUCGGUUACCGACUCUGCACCAUCAUUGACAAUGGUGUGUACGACGUCUUGGUCGGGUUCCGAGACGAGCAGGGCUUUUUUGAAAAGGUGUGAAAAUUAUAUUCUACAUCUGCAAUUUUUGUUUUGUUAGAACAAUCAAUAACCUAAUGCAACUUUUUCGAAAACGUUAAUUUCAGAAACGAGUUGACAAAUUGCUUUGUGAAGCGCCGAGUUUCAACACGAACAAGGACGAUUUAUGCACUCUGACUGAGCCAAAUGCAGCCACAGUACUGGAGACUCUCGCCAAGCGAUAUUCACACGGAAUAAUUCACGUAGACAGUUUUUUUUUCUUGUUCUAAGGAGGGAGAGUCACAUUUCAGACGUAUUGUGGCCCGUUUUGCGUAGUGGUAAAUCCGUGGAAACCUCUGCCGCCUUUGUACACCGAGGAAGUGAUGACUGAGUAUGCCCAUUGCGGCGGCGAUUUGCCUCCUCACGUUUACGCGAUAGCCCAAAAUGCUUUCAAUGGCAUUGAGCGAGGUUUCAUUUUUUUGCUUGCAAAAUGUUGAAGUGAAAAAUUUGAACUUGAGGUGGCAUGAAUCAAUCGAUAUUAAUCACGUGAGUCCAAGAUAUCCUUUGAUCAUUUGAACACCUUUUCCGAAAAUUAAAAAGUAAAAAAAAAGUCUAGUGGCGAGUCUGGAGCUGGGAAAACGGAAAACACAAAAAAAAUUAUCGACUUCAUCUUGCACGCUGCGUGCUCUGGUGGAGAUCGUCGUCGAAUCGCCGAAUGUGUCGUUACCAGUGGUCAGCUACUCGAAGCUUUUGGCAACGCAAAAACGACUCACAAUAGCAACAGCUCGCGAUUUGUAAUUUUUUUUCUCUCGAUCGAAUAAAAGAAUAAAAAAAUAAGUUAUUUUUUUCAGGGAAAAAUUCAUCCGGAUAGAGUUUGAUGAAGAAGCGCGACUGCUUGGUGCCAAAAUAGAAUGCUGUUCGUUUUCUUUUCUCUCACACGCUGGCUACUUUUUUGUUUUUUUUUUUUUUUUUUGCAGACCUUUUGGAAAAGUCGCGAGUGGUCAACCAAAACGAGGGCGAGCGUAACUUUCACAUUUUCUACCAAGUGCUAUCCAACUUUUUCGACGUGCCGCACAAGAAGUUUCUCAAGCUGACCAAAAGACUAGAAGAGUACAAGUUUCUGAGAACAAUGAAGAUUGAGAAAACUGUUGACGACCGAGAAGGAGCUCGAAUUUCAAAUGCAAGUUACCAGUUCUGUUCAUUGCUUUUUUAUGCUCCAAAAACUUUCAGCGCAAUGGAGAAAAUAUAAUAAAAGAAGAACUAAGGAGCUUUUUUUUCCAACAUUUUCGAACACGAACUUAUUCUUUUUUUUUGCAGGAAUGUUUCUCCAAACUCGGCAUGUCCGAGGAGGAACAACGGCUUGUGCUGCAAGUUCUGUCGGCAAUUCUGCAAAUUGGAAACUUGAAAUUUGGCGAGCGAACUGGUCUCGACAUAAGCUUUAUCGAGGACGACACGGGUACGUUUGUUUUCGAGAAGAACGGGGCGAAUGAACGCGUCAUGUGUUACGUGCGUGACUUGCCCACAUGAUGAUGAUGAUAGAAAAAUAAAUUUUUUUUUUGAAAAACUGAUAAGAAAGAGAAAAAAAUUAUUAAUCUUUAGAACCUGAAAUCAUCGCCGAGCUUCUCGAAUUAAAAACAUCAAAACUCGUCGACGCCUUGACGCAACCCACUAUCAAAGUACACGACAAGCUCAUUAGAAAGAAUCAAAAUUUGCAAAAAGUAAUCAAUUACCGAUUUGUGUAGAAGAUGAACUUCAUAACUCAAACAUAGACAGUCUUUUCUGCAUGUGCCAUGGCCAAAGUCCUCUACGAGCGUUUGUUUGGCUGGAUUGUCAAAAAGUGCAACGAUGUCUUAACCUCCGAAUCUUCAAAUGUUGAACCAGGUAAAAGCUGUGUGAUAAAAACAUAUUUAUUAUGUGAAAUCUUCAUAGACGUCAAAAGUCGCCGGUUUAUUGCCGUAUUGGACAUUGCUGGCUUCGAAAUAAUUCAGGUUCUGGAAAUAAAAUGUCCAAAAUUGACAAAAUUAACGCGCAGAGCAAUUCUUUCGAACAGUUUUGCAUCAACUACACUAAUGAGCGCCUUCAACAGUUUUUCAACCACUUCAUGUUUGUCAAGGUGAGAAUUUAGAGUCCGUUAAAACAACGCCAUUUAAGGAGCAAACCGACUAUCUCGAGGAAGGCGUGAAAUGGGCGAACUUCGAUUUUGCCAACGAUCUUGAAGAAACUAUUAGUCUAAUUGAGAAGGUUUUUCAAAUUUUUCACGAAAAUUUUUUUAAAAAAAUUUUUUUGAGAUUUUUAUUAAGGUUUGUCACAAAAUACUUCUUUUCUAGCCACUUUUAUCGCUGCUCGAAGAAGAGUGCCUCGUGCCGAACGGAAACGACAUGUCUUUGCUGGAAAAGUUUGCAGCAAGCAUGGCGACCAACUCCAAUUUCGCCAAGGCCAAGCAAUCGCAAAAGUAA